AUUCAUUUGUGAAAGGGUAUGCUACAAUGUAAGGUUGGGAAAAAGAAAAAAACAAGAAUUUGAAAGAAACAUGAGUAUGGUUCACAGUUCUCUUUUCUCUUCUAACUUCAUUCCUCUUCUUUCCCCUAUAAAAUGCAGUAGUACGAGUUUGACAUCUUUACACUCAUAUUUUCCUCCUAUUCAAUUCAGAAACAGCAAGAGAGAUUUUCCAUUGGCAACAAUGGCUUCAAUUGCAUAUCCACCAUCCAUCAAUAUGGGCUACUGGGAGAGUGAGGAGUUGAGUGGCUAUGGACUCACCUUUGAGGAACUCAGUGACAACUGUGGUGUUGUCAGGAUGGCAUUGGAUAAUGGAAGUGUUGCCACCCUGAUGCUGCCAAGUGGCUUGAUCACAUCCUACAAGGCUCGCAUGUGGCAUGGGGGCAUUCUUGAGCUGUUGCAUACAUCUGUAUCAGAAGUGGAGAAGAAGAAGGAGAAUGAAGAUGAUGAUGAUGUCAUUCAAAUUCAAGGUGGGGUGUCUUUAGCCUUCAAUUGUGAAAGUGAUAGUGGCGUUUCAUGGUCACCAAAUACUUGGGCCCUUGGCGACGUUAGAGGAAGUCCUCAAGAUUCCAUUAGGGUAGAACUGGUUUGCAGUAAUUCACAGGAUAUGAUUGAAGUCAAACACAUUCUAACUCUCCAGCAAGAUCUCUUAAGCUCAGAGCUUGUAAUCUCUAACUCAAAACAUUCGUCUCUUCGUCUGACUGGCUCUAUUACGAGUCAUUUGACAGUGAGUACACCAGAAGCAACUUAUGCAAUUGGAUUGGAAGGAUCAAAUUUCUACAACAAGCCAUCAUUUUCAUCAAAAUUUAGUAUUAUUCCUCCAGAAUCCACCAAAAGGAACGAUUCGGGUUCUAAAAAAUCAUGGAAAAGUCCUACUGCAGUCAAGCAACUUUUGUCUGCCUGGGGUUCAGGGAAUCGGAGCAAUGAGAUGGAAAGAGAAGAAGAGAUGGAGGGUGAAGAGAACGACAACUAUAAGCACUUAACGGACAAAAUGAGUAGGAUUUACACCAGUGCACCACGGUACUUCACAAUAAUUGAUAGGGGUAGAAGAAAUUCAGUUGCAGUAGGAAGAGAUGGGUUCAACGAACUGUACAUGUUCAGUCCUGGCUCAAGUCAUGAAUGGUAUGGCAAAUAUGCUUAUCUAUGCGUAGGCCAAUCUGCCAUGCUCAAACCUAUAAUCCUCGGUCCUGGAGGUGAAUGGAGAGGCUCGCAGCAUUUGCAAAACCCAAAUCUCUAAACACUCCCCACUGAAGCAUGUUUUUGCUUUCAUCCCAAGGAAGAUAAUUUGGAUAGGAGAAAUACACAUCUUCUACACUUAGAGUACAAACAAGUUUCUGCAAAAUUGUGUUAGUUCAAUAUGUUCUCAUUUGGAGGCGUUGUAUUGGGAUGGAAGUAAAGGAUAUAGUGAAGAAAAAGCAUAUUUCAGAAAUUUUAAGUUUGGCAU